AACGAUUGGAACUGAAACUUAACCUGACUUAUUCUUAUACAGAAAAAACAAAACUCAAAAAACGCAAACUGCGUGAUAAUCGUCUGCAAGAUUUAAAUAGUUUAUUAUUUUUUAGUUGAUAUAUUUUUAAUUUUAUAAACGAAAAAUCAUGGAGGAGAUUUUGGCUAAAUUAUUAGUAACUGACAGUGCAGUAAUUAAACAAGGUACAGCCGAACUAAGAGCAGCUUUAAAAGCUCCUGAAAGUGUAUCAAUUUUAUGUCAAAUUAUUAUUUCAUCAGAUAAUUCAGCAAUAAGACAAUACGCUGCAGUACUCUUGAGAAAACGAUAUGCUAAGGGAAAGCAUUGGUCCAAGUUACCGUUUAAUAUAAAAACUCAAGUUAAAUCAAUUUUACUUCAAGGUCUUUUGAACGAGUCAGAAAAAAUAAAUAAAAUGGCAAUCGCCCAACUGAUUGGUGUGAUUGUAAAACACGAGUUGCCAAAUAAUACAUGGCCAGAAUUAUUUCAGUUUAUCCAACAACUUGUUUCAAGUGACAACAUUGUCGAGAAAGGAUUAGGAGUAUUCACUUUGUCACAAAUGACUGAAGUUGCUCCGGAAAUCUAUACCGCACAUUUAUCCUCAUUAGCUAGUCUUUUAGUUGAAACCUACCGUAGUCUGUCAGAAUUAGGUAAUCCCGUUGCAUUUUACAUAAUUAAAAUAAUGCGUGAUCUGGCGCCAUUGGUAGAAGGGAACCAAGCGAUGGUGAAUGCGUACAAUCAAAUGAUACCAUUGGCAAUGGGUACAAUACAGUCUUUUUCAUCAGUUGAUCCAGAUAAGGCACAAGAAGCAAUGGAGUUAUUUGAUGAUCUAUGUGAUAAUGCAGUGACUCUUAUAUCUCCUCAUCUAAAGAAUUAUGUCCUUAUGUGUUUGGCAAUAGGAGACAAUAGGACUUUGGACGAUAUGCUAAGAGUACGUGCAUUGACAUCUCUAGCCACUAUGAUAAGAGUUAAAUCACGUGGAAUUAUUAAACACAAGUUGAUGGAACCCAUUGUUGAGGUUCUUUUUAAAAUAAUGUGUACACCGGAGGAUGGACAAGAUGAAGACGAGUUCAAUGAUGAAAAUGAAACAUUUACACCAGUAACUCGCGCCAGAGAAACUAUGGUUGUAAUGGCGACUCAUUUAAGAUCCGAAAAAUUGGUCCCUCUUUUGCUUUGUCAUAUAGAUCCAAGUUUACAAAGGGAUGAUAUUUGGGCGAAACAAGCUUCAUUUUUAACCAUCGCAUCCUUAGCUAAAGGUUGCUCUGAAUACAUUAGAUCUAAAUAUCUCGUACAUUUUCUCAAAUACAUUCACGAAGGAAUAAAUGAUGGUUCUCAUAUUGUUAUGAAUGCUGCACUUUAUGCUUUGGGUAAAUUUUCAGAAUAUCUCCAACCGGAAAUCAGUCAAUAUUCUCAACAACUUUUACCUGUUCUUUUUGAUUAUCUCAGACAAAUGUGUGUGCAUUUAAGUAAAGAAAAGUCACAACCACCAGCAGUUGAUUGCAUGUUUUACGCACUAGAAACAUUUUGUGAAAACUUAAACGAUGAGAUCAUACAAUAUCUUCCUACUCUGAUGGAGAGACUAUUUGAGACUUUAAGUAUAGAUGCACCAACGCAUAUUAAAGAACUUGCGAUUAGUGCAAUUGGAGCAGCAGCAAAUGCCAGUCAACAGAAUAUGCUUCCAUAUUUUCCUAAAAUAAUCGCAAUACUCGAUCCUUAUUUAACAGCAAAACCAAAUGACGAUACAAUGAGCUUACAAGUUCAAUCAAUUGAUACAUUAGGAAUUAUUGUACGGACAAUUGGUGAAGAUAAUUUUGCCCCAUUAGUUGGUAAAACUAUAGAUUUAGGACUGAAACUUAUUACUGAAAAUAAUGAUCCUGAUAUACGUAAAGCUGUUUAUGGAUUAUUCGCUUCCUUAGCGUCUAUCACUAAGAAAGAAAUAGCACCAGCAUUACCGCAAAUUUUAGAGUAUAUUUUUAACAGUAUCCUAAGUUCUGAAGGAAUUGUUUCUCAACUUAAAGAAUAUGAAGACGCAGCUUAUCCGAUUUAUGAAGAUCUAAGUGACACUGAAAAUGAAGAGGAAGAGGAUAUCGAGCAUACUGACAAUGAGGAUGAUGGAAAUGAUGAUGAUGACGUAGCGGCUUACAUGCUUAGUAGCUCUUACAUUGAAGAAAAAGAAGAAGCUAUUUUAGCUCUGCGUGAAAUCGCUCACUACACUGAAGAGGCAUUUUUACCUUAUUUAGAAAAAGCCUUCGAAGAAGUAUUCAAACUUAUAAAUUACCCUCAAGAUGAUAUUAAAAAAGUUUCAUUGGAUGCUUUGGCUCAAUUUUGUAUUAAUUUUUCAAAAAUUUAUUCGAGCGAAGGUAAACAGGCUUUACUAAAAGCAUUGUCUGUUUUUAUUCCAAAACUUUCCGAGAUUAUUCGUCUUGACAUUGAAGCGACGGUUGUAAUAAGCGGACUCGAAGCUCUUGCUGAGCUUUUAAAAGAAGUUAAAGGUGAAGUACUUGUUGGCGAAGGUCAUAAAGAAGCUAUAAUGAACUGCGUGACAGAUGUUUUUACUGGUAAAAUCGAGUGUCAAGAUCAAGAAGAUCCAGACGAUGACGAUGAGGCAGAACAAGAUGAAUUUUUGGUAGAAUGUGCCGGCGAUGUAUUGUCCAACUUUGGAAAAGCUAUACCUGCUGAAGACUUUGCCAACUAUUUUAAAACAGUGUUACCAUUUUUGAAAGACAGAUUGAAAGAAAAUAAAUCAGAUCCUCAAAGAUCCUUUGCAGUUGGCACUAUAUCUGAAUGUUUGUCUGCACUUCGGCAUAUGACGUCGACAUUUGUUUCGGAACUUUGGCCAUUUUUUAAAAAAAGAACACAAGAUCCAAGUCCUGAAGUCAGAAAUAAUGCAUACUAUGGUAUUGGAGAGCUCGUUUUUUGGGGCAGAGAAUCUGUUUACUGUCAUUACACUGAAAUUUUACAGCUUCUCUCUAAUGCUCUACAAACAGAAGAACAUCCUGGUCCCCGAGACAAUAUGGUUGGAAUUAUUGCAAGACUUAUUAUUACAAAUUAUUCAUUGAUUGAUAUUGAAAUUGUUUUUCCUGGUUUUGUUCAACAAUUACCACUAAAAAAAGAUUUUGAAGAAUAUCAGUCUGUUUUCAAAGCCAUAUUAACUCUCUACAGAGAUAGACAUCAAGUUAUUAAUCCUCAUAUAUCAAAACUGGUAAUGGUUGCAAUUAAUAUACUCCAUGAGAAAAAAGUUCCUGAUGAUGAAACUAAACAGAUUGUUUUCGAAUUUAUACAUUCUGUUCAACAAGAUUUUCCGAAUGAGUGGAAUGCUGCAUUUGCUCAACUGUCGCCAGAACUUCGUCAAACUCUUGCUCGUUAAAAUAAGUAAGAUUUAUAUUAUAGAUUUUUUUUUCUCGUACAGUAAUUAGCACUCUGCGAGUGAAUUACAAGUUAUAUUAAUUUUAUUAUCAUAUUCGGCUUUUAAAUAAAAAUCAUAGUCGUCUGUUUCAUAAAUAAUUUAAUUUUAAAGUAGUUGAGAAAAAAUAAAAUUUUUUUAUAAAAAAUGUUUGAUUACAUUCGUAUAGAGAAAAAAAUAAUUUCUUGGUGCAAGAAUUAUUUUGCAUUAUGAAAUGAAGACAAAACUUUUCUUACGACUAAAAAAAAAUUAUCGAUGGAAGAAAUUUUUUUUAUCGCCUCAAGAAAUUUUUUGUUUUUAAUUUAUAAUGCAAAAAAUUUCUUGAGGCAAAUGAAAAUUUU